AUGGCGUUUUCCAUGGUAUGCUGUACUAACACUGUUGUUAUCGUUUCAGAAUUUUCCUAUGCUGUCCAUAUUUUACACAUGGCUCUCGUCGGCUUCGUCUCACAGUCUUCGACCAACGUUCAACCGACCGUAUAUGAUAGUUUCAUCGGUGGGUCACUGUUAGCAUAUCCGGGACACUCACCACCACCUGAUCAACUCAUCCUCUGUAAGUCCUGCCGUCACCGUAUGUGUUUCAUCGCCCAGAUUUACUGUCCUCUCGGUGGCUCAAGCUAUCACCGCUCCCUUUACCUGUUCGUCUGUUUGAAACGAAGCUGUCAACUAGAUGGCUUUAACUGGAUCGCUCUCCGAUCACAGUCUCUAGAUUGUGAGCCAGCGAGAGCUGAGCUGUUUGAAGCUGAUUGGGCUUUCGACGAUAGUGGCGAUGAGAAUGAAACAAAGGUCGAUUCCUCAUGGAAUGCAGAUACAGAUUCGAUCCCAAAAACGGAGAAGCCGUUGGUGUCACAGAGAUUGCUUGGACCUUUUCUCGGUUCCUUCCUUGAAGUCUUCGACGAUGUCGCUGCAAACCCGGUCAGUGACAUCAUAGAUGACUCUCCGGACCAGACAGGAUCACAUGCAAACAUAUCGUCCAUAUGUGCGUGGCUCUGUGCAGAGGAGGUUGAGCGAGCAUUUGUGGAAGAGGAUGAUAAUACAAUGGAGAAAGCGUUUUCCGGUGCGCUCAGUUCGCAUUUAGCCAACCGGAGUGAGCAUGGCCUUGAAGACGUUCGUUACCACUGGGGAGGCUGCCCUAUCUUCAAUGGUCGUCCACCGCGACAAUUGGAACAAUGUUUGACAUGCUCACGUUGUCACUCACCACGCGUUUUCGAGGUCCAGCUAUUUUCUGUUCUGAACAACUCCCUCAAAUUAGAUCCCGGAUGUCGUUCCGACGCCGCUGCUGCUCCACUUCCUUAUGAUCUGCACGAGGACGAAUUCAACGUUGACUGGCCACUGAAAAUAAUCACUGUCAUUGUUUUCUCUUGCUCUUCAUCCUGCUGGUCAGAAUCAGAUGAGUGGGUUGAAGAGUGUGUUGUGGUUCAGACAGACACGGACCGGACCUGCAUUGUUGCAGAAACGUUUACUGUUCACUGUACUGAAUAA